CUUGUAAAUCGGAUUGUACAAAGGAUGAUUAGUCAAUCCGAGAAACUUCGUUAGUUAUCGGAAAGUUUGGAUCUACCAUGGUCGAUUUUAGAGUAUAAUCGGCCAUGGAUCUACAUAAUCGCAGCAACGGUUGGCUCGUCGGGCAAGAUUGUUGAAAAAGGCGUCUGAGGCCGCCUUAAGUAUUCCUACUGGUCUUAUCUAGGUUUGUUGAAAGGUUAUGUUUAUUGUUUGUGUUUGUUUAUAUUUUUCUCUAAUGAAUUGACCCCAACAUAAAUAGGGCUAAACCUGCUUUUUUAAUCUCGCUUUGAAAAACUUUGAUGGGCAAUACAAAUUUUCCAGUCGAUAACCUAAGCGGAACAUUGGGAAAAUAUGGAUUCGAAUCUAUUUGAAAUUAAUAUAAAAGAAGAAUCAUCUGAAGACGAAAUCAUAGAUGUUUGUGGGGACGAAGACCAAGAUGAUAUUUUUGUUGAAUUCAUAGAAGCAAAGAGGAAAUAUGAAGCGUUGCAAUUCAUAGAUAUAAAAGAAGAUGGUAGCUUUGAAGAAAACAAGACUGAAAUCAAUGCAAAUUGUGAAGCAUUGGAACUUGACUAUAUGGAGUUACAUAUCAAGUCAGAAUGUAAUACAGAUUCCGAGAACGAAGUCAUUGAUGUGGGCGAUAAUAAUAUAUCUAGCGAUAAUAAUAAUUACAGAGAUAAACCACAUUAUGAACCUAACUGUAGACCCUACUGUCGCACGCAGGAGGAUAUUCAAAAGGAAGAAUGGUACAAGUGCAAUGUUUGUUCUCACAAAACAAAGUAUCCUCAAAAUCUGGUAGUUCAUCAGCUUGUUCACGACAAAUCCGGCAAAAAAAUCUUCUAUUGCUACAACUGUGAUUACAAAACAUUUCGAAAGUACGACCUUAUUAGUCAUAUGUACAAACACAGUAGAACUAAAAAAAUAUACUGCUGUAACAUGUGUAGCCAUAGUACGAUCCGUAAGAAUGACUUAAAAGCUCAUAUUUCAAGAAUACAUGGAGAUGGAAAAUUUGUCUGCGUUCAUUGCGGUAAACGUCUGAAAGAAAAAAGAGCUAUUGAAGAUCAUGUAAUCAAGCAUCAUCCCAAAUUUAUUCAUACUGUUUCUAGUAAAAUAUGGGAAUGUAACCAAUGUAUGUUCAAGAGUACCUACAAAAGUGGCUUGUCUCAACACAUGGAGAGAAAAAAACAUUAUCCAAGCGAUGCUCCGGUUUAUACUUGCCAUGUAUGUGAUAAAUAUGUCACUAGUUUUAAAGCCAAAUUCAACGCACAUUUGAAAAGUCAUGCUAAGGUUAAAACAAACUACUGUUGCCCCGUCUGCGUGGGUUCUUGGUCAAGAAAGAAGUAUUUAGAUGAUCAUAUUUUAAUUCGCCAUCGUAACUGUGAUGAACUGACGAAGACUGUUACUUAUAAAAUUUUUAAGUGUGAGAAAUGUUAUUAUAUGACUGUUUUUAUAACGAAAUUUAAAAAGCAUGUUAGGACACAUCACUUGUUAUGAUUAAUAGUUGUAUGGUUCAUAUUUUUAUAUAAAUGUAAACUAAAAUAAAUAUAAAAUAGCAGCGAUAUCGUAAGAUGUUAUCUUCUCAUGAUGGUGUGACCUAAGAAAAUUGUCACAUUCCUUGUUAAAUGCUGCUUUUAGGCUGCUAAAUAAAGUGAUGUUUAAUGGCUGAAGGCGAUGUGACGAGUGUGGCGGCAGUAUCAUCACAAUUAUUCCAUUCUCCUUGCAAACAUUGUACGCUGUUAAGGUAGUGGUUUUGUCCAUUACGAGAAGCACAGGCUGCUCUUUAGUUGGCUUAGCAUGGAAAAUAAAAUGGUGUAUCCAGGUGACAUAUAACACUUCAGUUAUCCACCCGUUAUGACUGCAAUGGUAAAUUGCAUUUGGUGGUCCAGCUUUUGCCAAAUUAGGGCUCAUUCUUUGGCGAGGGUAGAUAACCAUUGGUGGAAUAUAUUCACCAGCAGCACUCAUUGCACAGCCCACAGUGAUAUUUUUCCCCCGUUCCCAGCUUGUAGCAGCACCCACUUGCUUAAUUCCUUUCGGGCCUAAAAUCUUUCCUGGUUUUUGGACCGUGGAGAUCCCCGUCUCAUCAAAAUUAUAUAUUCUUGAUGUCGUAAACUCGUGUUUGUCCAUUUCACAGUUGAGGUUGGAGAAAAAAAGAUCCACUUCUUCUUUAUUGAACGCAGUUAUUCGACGUAUUCUUGUUGCUUCUGGUUUGCGAAUGCUGAUUCUUAGGUUCCGCUUCAAAAAUCCAUUAACCAAUCUUGCCCCGCUAAUUUAGCUGAUUUGUUAAAUUGGUGUGGAAUGCCAUUUUUCUCAGCAUACUCAAACACUAAGCGGCGAAGCUCAACUGAGGAAAUGCCGUAAAACACUUUAGCUAGAAGUAAAACUUGUUCUGCAAUUUCAUUUUCUUGCUCUGGUGUGAAUACAGGUUGCUGCCCUAAAGCUAACUUUUUAGUCACGAGUCUUAAGUCUAUCACUCAAGGUCAUAACUGGAAUAUUAUAAGCCCUGGCUGCUUCUCUUAGUUUUUUCACGUUAUUUAUGACGUCAUUGCUUCUUCCGUCCAUUUGGCUUUUUGGGUUGUCCUUUCAUAUUUUCGGACCAUCUGUAAAAAAACCUUAAUGUUAUGGCUGGCAAGUUAUGUUUUUAAUAGGCUACAAAUACUAAUGGGGGGAGGGGUGGAGUAUAAAACUAUAUUGUUCAUGAUAUUUUCUUCAUAAAUUUCAAUCCAUCAAUCUUGCCAUAUUAAACCAUUUGGGGCUAAGUCGUACAGAAACGAGGCUAUACCGUACACUUCUGUACGGUUUAGCCCCAUCCUGUAGCUCGUGGGAGUUUAAUAACCUAACCACAAAUUCUACCGUCAAACUAAUCAUCACUCGUGAUCAAAAAAGAGCUUAAGAAAAAUAGUUUCUUAUGAUCUUAUGGUUACUAGCUUAUAAGUAAAGGUUCUCCACUCACCUCUUAUUUGGCACUGCCCCAAAAUUAUAAGAGAACAUAAAAAAAAACAAGUUUUUUCACCGUCACACUGGUACUUUUACUCACAACGGAACGAACUCAAUCCUGCAAAAUUGCGCGUUCUGCCGCUAGGUUGCGACACCGAUCGGACUCGUCUAGCUAAUAAUCUAAAGACGAAAAACGGGUGUAUGGUUUAGCCUCGUUGUACGGUAUAGCCCCACUCUCCCCUACCUAUUUGAGUCAAAAAUAUAUUAACUUCAUUUAUCUAUA